AUGUGGCCGCGGGCGGCGCGUUUACAGCAAAUCCGCAACUUCCAUCCGACAAAACCCAGAUUCCUCGUUAAUGAAGUAUUGGAUGCCGCCACUGGCUUUCUCCAUUCAGUACAUGAUUAUAGCGGCCUUUCGUGGGCUGUUUCAAUUCCACUCACAGCACUUCUCGUUCGAACAAUUGUCGGACUCCCAUUGCAAAUCUAUACACGAGUUCAUACUCGGCGCGCCAGAGAUCUUCAGCCGCUGUUGGCUGCCUACAAGGCGUGGGAAGUAUUUGAAUUGGCUGAUACAAAAAGAACCCAACAACGGGAUAAAAAUGUUAAGGAUACUAUGAGGAGGAUGCCAAGUCAUUUGCGUGAGAAAUGGAAUGUGAAAACAUUCGCUCCCGCCGUCAGUGUGUUACAGAUACCCGUGUGGUUGGCGCUGAUAGAAGGUCUGCGUGGAAUGAGUGGAAUGGGCUCAGGCUUAUUUGCGACGCUCUUCUCUAUAUUCAAAUCCCCGGAAGAGACGGCCGAUGCUGUCAAUACUCUCAUCGAGCCUUCGUUUGCGUCUGAGGGUGCGCUCUGGUUUCCAGAUCUGUUGGCAGGUGACCCAACAGGCGUUUUGCCAUUGAUCCUGUCGGCUUCGAUGAUACUGAAUAUUAAAACUGGCUGGUCUGCUCCGACGUGGCGCGAGAUCGCCGAUAUGCCAAAACUCCAAAUGUAUCGCUCUUUUUUCCUCGGUGGCUUGCGACAGUUUUUGCAGGUCAUAGCUGUUUAUAUUGGUUUUUCAGCAUGGGCUUCCAGUAUGCCAGUCGCUGUUAUGCUUUACUGGAUUACCAGUACAAAUAUCGCCACGGCACAGUCGUCCUUGCUGACCAAGUACUUGUACAAGAAGCCGCCCAUCCCAUCCUACGCACCGAAGUUUGCUGCCUUUACUAAAACUGGUGACCCUUGGCGUCUCAAAAACCACUGA